CUGGCUUCCCGGAGCUGGGGACAUUGAGCAGGGAACACCAUGGCCCACACUGCUAUUCCUCAAUUACUGAGAGCACAAUGAAAUCCAAAAAGAAAACUGAUCAUCUGGAGAGAACAGCAAAUAACUUUCGACAGGAGGUUAUUUCUCCAGCAAAAGUGUGUGGCAUUACCAAUGAAUCUGAAACAGUUAAAAGGCUUCGCUUGGCUGUCUCAAAUAAGGAUUUUACUUUUAAAGCAGGACAAUGGGUAGAUUUCUUUAUUCCUGAUGUUGCCGUAGUUGGUGGAUUCUCAAUAUGUUCAAGCCCUGGUCUACUAGAAGAAGAGGGAGUAUUGGAACUGGCAGUAAAACAUACUGUCCAUCCUCCUGCUCACUGGAUUCACACUCAGUGCACUCUUGACUCAGAAGUGGCUCUGCGAGUGGGAGGCAAUUUCUUCUUUGAUCCUCAACCUGCUGACUCCUCUGUAAACCUUGUGCUAAUAGCAGGGGGCGUAGGAAUCAACCCAUUGUUCUCUAUACUGCUACAUGUAGCAGAUUUUCUUAGGAAUCAAGAGAGUGAAGGAAAUGGGUAUAAAAUGGAAACAGUGAAGCUGUACUAUAGUGCAAAAAACACUAAUGAACUCUUAUUUAAGAAUAAUAUCUUUGGUUUGAUGAAUGAAUUUCCUGGAAAGAUCACAUGCAGUUUCCAUGUUACCCAACAGAGUUCACAAAUCAGUGAAGAACUUCAGCCCUAUAUCACUGAGGGAAGAAUAUCUGAAAAGGAACUAGAAAAACAUGUGUCUAAGGAUACUUUAUGGUACAUCUGUGGUCCACCUCCAAUGAUAGAAUCUAUAUCCAAACUACUAGAAAACUUUGGUGUUCCUACAGACUGCAUUUACUUUGAAAAGUGGUGGUAGCAAUGGCUACUUAGUAGAAAAUAAAAACUGAAAAAAACUAAUCUAUGUAUUUUGAGAAAUAAAAAAUGCCUGAAAUACACAGAAGAUAGAUUCUACUAUGACCUCACUGACUGCAAGAUUCACUAUAUGCACACGAAAUCUUCUUGUAUCUCAUAACAGUUCCUAAGUUAUUCUAUAAUGCACUCUGAUUUGGGUUAUUAUUGUUUUAUUGCUUUUGGAAGAAAAGCAUAAUGUAUUUUAUAUUAAAGACACGAGCCAUUUGAUUUUUGUAUUUCAGUCAUUUGCUAUUGAUUUUUAUAUAAUACUUUGUUAAUAAGGCAGCUUUUAAAUAUUCAAAUACUAUUUUUAUGGCUAAAAGUUAACAUGUAAUUAACUGUGUAAAAAUGACCAGAUUUAGUCUGUAACAUAUUAAUUCAGACCAUAAUUUUGUAAGCUAAGCAAGGUCCUACUGAGUCACGAAUUCCUGAGGAUCUCAUCUCCUGGCUGCUGCAGAUAGUGAUAUUGACCAAGUACCAAUAUUGGCACAAUCCCCAGAGUCUUAUUUUGAUGCUGUAGCCUGCUAAGGGUGCUGUUCUUCUGAGAUUACAGUUCUUUGAAUGAGAUUUAAAACAGUUAUUGACCAGUUCUGGGUAUUAAAGAUCCUAUAACUAUUUUCAAAAGACUGUUUCACCGCCUCUUGGACUAAUUCUGAAUUGUAUUCUGCUAUCUAAACUUCCUUUUAAUUAAUUGGAUCAUUUACUUAUUCACUUUCUGUUAUAUAAGGGGGAAAAAGCCAUUUAGAUGGGUUUCUGUAUACUACUGCCAGCUGUAUUGGUGGUAAGUGAAAGAGCAGUAUACUCCAGUAUGAAUAUAGAUUGUUAAUUAUGUGAAAUGUUUUGAGGCUAACAAAGUGCUACAUAAAUCACAUCAUAUAAUAGAACACCAGAGUUAUGAACUGACCAGUCAACCGCAUUUGGAACUAGAAGUUCAUAAUCAAGAAGUAGCAGAGAUCCCCCUCGUACCCCAAAAGCACCAACUAUAGUACAGCACUUGGAUUAAAUGUAAAUUACUUAAAAAAAAAAAAAAAAAAACCCACAGGAAAGCAUUGUUGGUUUUUGUUUUGUUUUGGCAUGGUAGUUUCAAAGCUGCAUUAAGUCAGUCUUUGUCUGUAAACUUUUGAAAGAACAACCAUAGUGUUGUUUCUGCUCAUUUCCGACAUGUUUGAAACUCUGUUAUGGUGUGAUUUAAGAUAUUUAAACAUGCAUGUGAUUUGUCUGUUGCUUAAGAAAUAGAAGUCUUCAUAAUAAUGAGCAAACUGAUUUUCUCAACAUCCAUACAGAGGAUUCCUUGAAAAGGAGUCAUAUAUUACUGUAGAGCCCUUCUAAUUCCACAACAAUGAGCUAUAGAUAUCCACAUCUGAUUAUGUAUAUAUUUGGAAAUGUGUGGGGUUCGAGAUACAAAAUGUGUAUCUGCAUCUCCAUCCAUAUUUGCAAAAAUGAGCUGUGAACAUAUGCAUCCAUAUCUGCAGAUAGCCAAAGAUUUGCAGAGCUCUGCAAAAGACUACACUCACACUUUCUUUUCCUGCAGUGUAUAUACACAUCCCUUCUUAAAGAUAAAUACAUGGAACUAGAGAUCACCAUGGUCUAUUUUGCAUUUGCUUCCUCACAUGUAGGAGAGGAACUUAUAACUUAUUUAAGGUGUGUCUACGCAGCACCCUAAGAUCAAAAGAAGAUACGCAA